CGAAAUAUCCAAAAUGGACAAGAUCGCUCCAAUAAAGUUGGCUAAAGUCUUAAAAGUUAUGGGAAGAACUGGUUCACAGGGUCAGUGUACACAAGUUCGAGUGGAGUUUUUAGAUGAAAGUAACAGAUCUAUCAUUAGAAACGUGAAAGGUCCAGUAAGAGAAGGAGAUAUUUUGACAUUAUUAGAAUCAGAAAGAGAAGCUAGGAGAUUAAGAUAAGGCUUCUAUUAGUACCUUAAAAAAAAAAAACCUCAAGGCAGACAUUGAAGAUCAUGAUUUAAUUCAAUAAAUAUCUUGCUAGUG